UUGGAGAUUUGUUUGUGGUGGGCACAUCCGAUACUCUGCAAACAGCGGAAACUGCUACCAUUGAACUCCUGGACUGCUCGGGCAUUGUUGUUCCACAACAAAAUUGGUCCGAUGUUGUGCCACGUCACCUGUACUCCAAGAAGCCUCAGGCUCUGAAGAUGGUUGAUGGAAGCACGCCGAGCACAUCGGGCACCCAAAUGUCGAACUCCAGCACCCCAACCACCUCUGCAGAGUCUGCUCGAAAGCGGACGGUGGCUGAGGAACUGGAGUAUGCCAAAAUAAUGAAGAGAAGAAGGCCAUCGCUCUCCACUGCUCCUCCGCCUGAUGAGAACCAGGCCAAACUGGUGGCGGCCAGGCUGGAUCUGGCUCUUGCAACUAAGGCCAACAUGGAGGAGCAGAAGAAGGGGGAUGAGGAGUUUUUCCCAAAUAGAAAAAAGGGGGAAAAGAGAGAUAGUGAUUUAGUGAUAUAA